GACGAGAGUUGGAUAGUUUACGCAGCCAUAUUGAAAUCCGUGAGCUAAUCUGCAAUUUCUUUGUUUAUGCUUGACGGUUUUUACAUAUUUUAGAAGCUGCAGUACUGAAGUGCAUGUUGUCGCCUACUGAAUUGCUUAGCUUUCAGGCCGAAGGAAGCGCGCAAUGGAUGUCGAUAUGGGAGACACUAAAGGUGGAGAGGCUGUGGAAGUAAAUGUUUUGGAUGAUAUACUGGAUGGCCAUGUUGAUGAUGAGCUUACUGCUGAAAUAGGAGAACAGGACAAAACUCCAGCAAAGAAACCUGUGAAGAGCAAACCAAAGCCAGCAUCUGCAAAGGCAAAAGUGGUCAAGCCAAAGGCAAAAGUGGCCCGUCCUGUCAAGAAAGAAACAACACAGAAAACUUUUAAUGUCAAAAAAGAAGAUGCUGCUGCAUCUGUGCCAACUGAACAAAACACAGCUGACUCUCUGGAUGUCAUUGAAAGCAAGGAACCAAAGUCAUCAAGCAAGGGGACUUCACAGAAAUCAGCCGCAGCAAAGAGUAAAGAAGAUGUCACAGAGACAAAUAAAGAACCAAAAGAGAAGACUGCUCCUGUUAAAGUAGUGAAGAAAGCUGUCAAACGGCCUGCAAAGAGUAAAACUGUAGUGAAAGCAGAAAAACCGAAGAUUAUAGAGGAGACUGUGUCAGAUCCUAUACCUAUGGAGGAAGGAAUUGAGAACCUGGCAGAUGAAUCUGACGACAAGCUGGACUUGUUGAUGGAAGAGAGUGAGACACGGCCUGUGGAGCAAUCGGUGGACCCAGUGGACACACAAGAUUAUGACACGCGUAGUGAGGCAGGAAGUAGUGCAGGGGACGUUACUUCAUUCACUGAUUCUGGCUCAGAUGCCGAGAUGAGGAGUGAUGAUGAAGGGCCAAGCAUGAGAAAGAAAAAGAAACGAGGGAUUUCUCCCAUUGAAUGGGAUAGAAAGAGUGGCUAUAAGGGCGAGGGAACAGAGCAAGGAGAAGAAGAAAAAGAUUCUGAGGAGGAAGAGGAGGAAAACAAGAGCGGUGAAGAAAAUGAUAACAAGAGUGACAAAUCUGAUGACUCAUCUCAGAGACGUAUGUACUCGAAGUUAAAAUACCUGUUCCGAGGAGCACGCUACUUCCUGAUCAAGAGUAACAACCACGAGAAUGUUGCUUUAGCCAAAGCCAAAGGUGUUUGGUCGACGCCUCCACAGAAUGAGGCCAAGCUGAAUCAGGCCUUCAGGAGCUGUGAUAAUGUGAUACUGAUCUUCUCAGUCAAAGAAAGUGGGAAAUUUCAAGGGUUUGCUCGCAUUGUUGAGGAAUCAACUAAAGAUCACCCACCUAUCCGCUGGGUUUUGCCUCCUGGACUGAGUGCGAGAGCUUUGAGUGGCGUUUUCAAGCUAGACUGGAUCAACAGACGAGAGUUAUCCUUCACCAAAACCAGCCAUCUUCAUAACUCUUGGAAUGACAACAAACCAGUCAAAAUUGGUCGUGAUGGACAGGAAAUUGAGGCACGCUGUGGAGAAACUGUGUGCAAGAUGUUUCCUUCCGACAAUAAUGUGGAUCUGAGUGCAAUUGUUCGCAAAGCAAAGAAAUCGCGACACGGAUCUCGUUCACGCGUAAUUGAUCACCGCCGUAGAGAACCUUUUAGAGGAGGAGCAUCAGGAGGAAGGAGAGGGGACUUUAAUAGGAGGCGUCGUUUUCGUGAUGACAUGUUUGAUAGCCCAAGGAGGAAACGCUUUAGAAGUGACAUGGACCGUGACAAUGGCAUGUAUAAGGACCGGCGGAUGGACAACAGAAGCCCUCGCUAUGCAGGUGUACGGCGAGAUACAUUUAUAAAUGGGUCAAAAUCUAGACAGGCUGUGUCAACAAGUCAUUACCCAGCCCAGUCGUACAAUGACUAUAUAAGGGAGUUUGCCCAUGCUCGAGCACCACCGCCACCCAUGCAUCACCCGUAUGGCCCACCUCCACCCGGAUUUGGACACAUGGAACCAAUGCCUCCAUACCCAGGCCAUUAUGAGCAACGAAGAGAGUUCAUGCCAUCAGGGCCAGACUACAGCAGCCAGGAUGCUGCUUCACGUUCACGUGUCACAGACAAAAGAUCGUAUGAGAGGGAUGUGGACGAUUUCUUACGGCGAACAUCACAUCCUAGCCGUAGUAGCCGGGACCGAAGCCGGGACCGGGACCGUCAUCGCCACCGUGACAGACGAUGAUGAAGAAUUAUAUGUGAUACAAGGAUCUGUUGUCUAAGCACAGUGUUAUAAACACAGGCUCAGAGUUCAGUAUGACUGAAAUGUGACCAAGGAGCUCUGUAUGACAGAGGUGUGACCAAAGAGCUCUGUAUGACAGAGGUGUCACUGAGCAGCUCUUUGUGACCGAGGUGUCACUGAGCAGUCCCUUAUGGCCGAGGUGUCACUGAGGUAUACAGUCAUUUGUCCUCGGAAAGCUGUGAUAAGCCUAAGGCAGAUUACAGGCACACCCUCAGAUUUUCUCACUGUGACUUUCUAUAUCACAUUAUCUUAUGACAUUGUAUGUCAGCUUUAACAUUCAUUAUUUCCUUUAUUAUCAUUUCACAUCUACUAACUCAUGCCAUAUACUCAUAAUUUCACCCAUGGUUUUAAAUAAAUCUCGUUCAUUUUUUUGUAAGCUCCAGUCGAGCCAUAAGUGUUUCUGUGUUGUACUAGACAGUUGGUAGCAUAAUUAUUGAUUUUUUUUAUGUUUCCUAGAAAGUCUACAGGAAGUGUUUAUAGUGGCUACUAAGUGGUCACAUGACAGAAAAGCAUCACAUUUGAUAUUUCAGUGUACUGUUUCACUUCAUUGUUUUCUCAUUUCAAUAAGAUAUAUUAUUGUACAAUCGACUACCAGUGAUUAUUGUAACUAGCAUGUUCAGAUCAAGUAUUAUGAUAGUAAAAAGAAAUGGUUUGAUAAAUCGUAUUGAAAAUACA